ACCUUUCACCCGGUGCCGCGCACUCACUGGACCCCCAGGAGGUUCCGGCUCGCUCUUUGUUCCCCUUCCUCCUUCCCCCGACCCUCCACGUCUGCGGGGCUCCCGUCUCGUCCGGGGCCCACUCGCCGAUAGCGGCCAUGCUGCCCAACACGGGGAAAUUAUCAGGAUGUACUCUCUUUAUCACUGGUGCAAGCCGUGGCAUUGGUAAAGCAAUUGCUUUGAAAGCUGCAAAGGAUGGUGCAAACAUUGUGAUAGCUGCCAAGACGAGUGAGCCUCAUCCCAAGCUUGCAGGAACAAUCUACACUGCUGCAGAGGAGAUUGAAGCGGCUGGAGGAAAGGCUUUACCAUGUGUUGUUAAUGUGAGGGAAGAAGAGCAAAUCGCUGAUGCAGUGGAGAAAGCUGUACAGAAAUUUGGAGGAAUAGAUAUUUUGGUGAAUAAUGCAAGUGCCAUCUCCCUGACCGGUACCUUGGAAACAACUGCAAAGAAACUGGAUCUUAUGAUGAGUGCUAACACAAGAGGAACUUACCUUACGUCUAAAUUAUGCCUUCCUUUCUUAAAAAACAGUAAAAUAGCUCACAUCCUUAACAUCAGCCCCCCACUUAAUCUGAAUCCCAUCUGGUUCAAAAAUCACUGUGCUUACACCAUUUCUAAGUAUGGUAUGUCCAUGUGUGUCCUGGGGAUGGCGGAAGAAUUCAGAGGAGAAGUUGCAGUCAAUGCUUUAUGGCCUAAAACAGCCAUAUAUACAGCUGCAAUGGAUAUGCUGGGAGGACCUGGAGUGGAGAAGCAGUGCAGAAAAACUGAUAUUGUUGCAGAUGCUGCAUACUGUAUUUUAACAAAACCAAAAAGUUUCACGGGAAACUUCGUUAUUGAUGAGCAUCUAUUAAAAAAAGAAGGAAUCAAGAAUUUUGAUGUAUAUGCAGUUGCACCAGGUCACCCAGUGAUACCAGAUUAUUUUUUAGAUGAAGAUCUUGAUACUCAAGCUAUGAAAAUGGAAGCCCAGGGUGCUUCCUCAGGAUUCAGAGAGGAGAAGAAAGCAGAUGGAGCCAAGCAUACAGGACCGGAGGGGAGCCAGAUUAGCUUAGAAACAAGUACAGCUAAGCCUUCGGGGUCUGUUGCAGAAACAUUUAAAAUUAUUGAGGGAAUAAUUAAUGAAGAUGUUGUAAAAUCCACCCAAGGUGUCUUUCUUUUUGAGUUAUCUGGUGAAGAGGGAGGAACUUGGUACAUUGAUCUUAAAAACAAAGGUGGGAACACAGGGUCUGGAGAGCCUCCUGUGAAAGCUGAUGUAAUUAUGAGCAUGUCCAGCAAUGACUUUGUGAAAAUGUUCACAGGCAAGUUAAAGCCAACCAUGGCUUUUAUGUCAGGAAAACUGAGGAUUAAAGGAAACAUGUCAUUAGCACUAAGAUUGGAAAAAUUGGUGUCCCAGCUUGGCUCCAAACUGUGAGGAGAAAGCCUUAUUGUAUAGAACAUCAGCCUUUUAAAUAAAAAUGGCAACAUUGUUUAAAACAUGUACUUCUUGCUUUUUUCUGCUAUAAUAUGAAAAAUGUGGAUUUGGCCUGAUGAAACAUGGAAUUAUUUGAGGGAGAAUAACUUGAUGAUAUAAUUAGGGCAACAGAUCUAUCAUGUGUUUUCAAAAUUCCCCUAGUCAAUGCAGUCCUGCAGCCAGUCUGGAGAUUGCGGUUCCUCUCUCUUCUCUCUCUUGGACUUAAGCUUCUCUUCCAUACCUUGAUCAGUAGACUUCUAAAGAGGCCUUUGAGAUUUUCUUCAAAGCCAGUUGAUCAUAUUCAAGCAAUAAAGAAUGGAAGUUGCACUGAAAGGCCAUUAGUUGCUCCCUCUCUUCUCCUUGGGCUGAAGAGACAAAGGAUUGAAAUGAAUUUGCUUUUGUAGUCUUACAAGUCCAUGUGAUUAGCUUGGCAGUUUUAAAUUAUCCUUUUUUCUGAACACCUACUAUAAAGAUCUGAAUGGAUGACUUGGUCAUUUGGGUUUUUUAAUGUUUUAAAGAAAUAUUCUGUCCCAGGCCUUUAACUGUGAAACUUGAUUUCUACUAAGGAAUUCUUAAAUCUGACAUAGAUGCUUUUGUAAAAUUGUACUCAGCAAAAUCCAAAGUAUAAACCGUUGUUGCUGGGGGUAUCAAGUUCUUCCACUUGGACUCAUGGGCAAAAUCCAGAUCCACCUCCAUGGAUGAGACAAGUGGCAGUGGCAUUUAAUCCUAUAGCUACCUGAGUCGCAGUGUUGGCUCAGGCAGGCAAAGGGGUUAGCAUUGCCAUCACUUGCCUCACACCUCUGCCAAAACAAGUCCCCACUGUACCCAUGAUUUCAGUGGCAGGGCAAGCAAUGGUGAUGUUACUCCUUGCUACUGUCUCAGUUCAGGGACAAAUGGAGGUUGCUGCUGCUUGCCUCACUGCCAGAAUCCCUGCCUCUUCCCCUUACAGGCUGGAUGUCUAGUGCCCCUGGUCUAAAUAAUUUAGUCAAAUACCAAUGCUUUUUAAAGGGAAUACGUUAAAUUUGUCUAAUUUUGUGAGUGAAAACUGUUGCUUGGCCAACACAUUAAAUGAGUUGUAAUAAGCUAAUAUUUGUAUCUGUAUACAAACUUGUCUGUAGCAAUGAACAGGAAAGGCAGUGGCCUAAGACCCAGGAUACCCAGUUUCUAUUGUAAGUUCUGCCACUAGCCUGUGAGAUGGCUUUGGGUGUGUCAUGAUACUACUCUGUGCCUCAGUUUCCCUAUCUGUGAAAUGGGAAUAAUGAUACUGACCUCCUUUGGAAAGCACUUUGAUUGAAUGAUGUAAAACAGUUAUAACUAGUUUCAAAUAAGGAAUAGACUUGUCUUUAAAUAACUUACUACUAUAAAAAUAUUAAAAUUCUGAUGUUCCAGUGAAA